AUGGCCCUUCCGAUGGUGGCCGAGGAGGCGCGCGCCGCCUGGGCCGCCUCUCCACGGACCGCCAGCUCACCCGGGCUUUUCCACCGCGAGGACCCUGCUGGACCCCCCCGCUUCAGGGGCAGGAUCGAGGCCAUCCUUCCCGAGGGGGCCGACCUCCACUGGAGGCAGGCUCUCGCAUUCAAGGUGAAGGAGCUCGUGCUGUCUGAAGAGCCCGCACCGCCCUCCCCUUCCCUACAGGGCCCCAAGGCUGAGUGGGCGGAGGCCACCCUGAGCAACAGAGGAGCCCCCAGCCCCGAAGAAGGGAAGGGCCUGGGGGAGCCCGUGCAGAGAAGCCGGACCCCCUCCUCCACGUCCUUGCUGCUGGGCCAGAGUGAGAAGAGCCCGUUGGAGCGGCUGGAGAGCGUGGGGCUGCUAGCCUCUGAAUGGAGCGGCGCCUCCCUCUCCGCGGAGAGCCACCUGGCCAGCAUCAUUGUCAAGAGGCACCUGUGUGAGAAUGAGACAGUGGGUGCCCAGGAGGACCCCUUGGCUUGCUGGGAGAAGCGGUGGGACGUCUGGCCAGCCCUGAAGACCAACCUGGAGCGUUUCCCCAGCUACAUGCCCCUCACCCGUCUUCUUCCCGCGCAGGGACCUGGCCCGGGAGGGUCAGAGCCGGGAGUCUGAGCGCUGGGAAGCCCCAGAGAGCUGCCUGGGGGACAGCUGCCUAGAUGAGUGGGCAGAGCGUCCCGUCCUAGGGCGGCACACAGGGUCGGCCAGACCCUGGAGCCUGUUUGAGAAGAAUGAGGAUGGUUCUCAGUUCCAGCCGGGUUGCCAGUUUUGUAUUCAGGGAGAAGCCAUUUUCUAUCUGCCCACUGCUUGCAUUACUGCUGGUGUGUGCGUGGAAAGGUGGGCUGUGUUCCUCAGUGACUCGAGCCGUCCCGCCCGGUGUAUGGCUGAGGUGCCCCUUAAAGUGUCAACGGGUAGGGAGGCCCACACGCAGCUGGUCUGUGUCGUCUCUGCCGGCCCUGGAGGGCGGCUUUUUCGGAGUUACCACUCAAAGUUACUGAGAACGACAGGCAGCAGGGGAAAUUCACCAUAAUCGUUUUUUUGCUCAGCAGCCUCCGUGAACUCUUUUCCUUGAGAUGGUAAGCCUGUAUACUAGGCAGUCUGCUGUGUGUUCAUUUGAGCAGGGUCCCGUGGCACCUUCUUGAAGAAAGCCUUAUGCAGCUUGUGUUCAGUGAUUGCAACAGCGUGACCUGAAGUCACCUGCACUCUGUGCUCAGGUGGCACCU